CGUUCAGCCGUCACUCUCGUCACCGUCCCCCCUCCUCCCCACCCCAGUCCCCAGUCGCUGAGAGAGAAGAAGAGAUAUCGAACCCUCCCGAACCUUCGGAGCGCGCACGGGGCGAGCGAGCGAGGGAGAGAGAUGGCGUACGGCGGCGGCAGGAGGGGCUCGUCCAGGUGGGGCCUUCCGAUGGUGAGGUCGGACGCGCUCGGCAAGCUGGGCCCCUCCUUCGGCAUCGGCGCCGGCUGCGGCGUCGGCGUCGGAGUCGGCCUCAUCGGCGGCGCAGGAAUUGGAGCUGGAUUCCCUGGUUUACAGCUGGGAUUCGGAGCAGGCGCUGGAUGUGGAAUAGGAAUAGGCUUUGGCUACGGUUUUGGAAAGGGGAUUGCAUAUGACGAGAACGGAAAAUAUUCAAACAUCAGGAGAUCAUUUCAGAACACCGGGAGCCUUCCUUACGAUCAGGAGUUUGAUAUCCUGUUUGACGAGGUGAUGGAGAGCACCAGGAAGCUGAUCAAAGCGACGACAAAGGAGAUCGACAAGUGGAGGCGUAUGUAGCGCGAACAUCACACCACAUGAACAAACAGGGAUUCAGCGAGAUACGCCGUCAGUAUUCUACCCUCGUGAAGGAUCAAUUUCGUCAAGGCAUGUGCGAGGGUGCGAGCAUCAUGUGACCGCGACGCCGUUCCCGCACCACCGGAAUUGCGUGGCGUCGCUGUCGGUACUCGGUAGCAUAUAUUGUUCGUCCGUAGAAUCGCUGUUUCGCAUUGAAAUACUCGGGCCUUGCGCAGCAUCGCCUCAAAUCAAAUCUUUCUCCGUGUCGUUAAUCAUGCCGUCUGUAUUUAAUUUCCUGAUUAGUAGUCAACGUCACCUCGCUGGAGUCACUGCUGUUCGUACUUCUUUCUGGGGCAUCAUUGUUAAGCAAGAUUUGCGUUCCUCCA